UUUAUGAAGUAAAUGAUUUAGUUAAAUAUAUAUAUAAAUAUAUUUAAUUGAAAACUGUUAAAGUUCAGCUUUCAAAUAUGUUUGAAAAAAAUAUGGAUACCACAAAUCUUUCGGUGUCCAUCAACGGAGACCUGGACUCGACCAGCUCCGCCGGCACAGCCUCCGAUCAUUCGGCCGUGCAGCACGACAACAUUAGCUCGCCCAUGGCCUACGGCUCGCUCUUUCUGCCAAAUGCUGGGUAUCGCGGCAACAUUUCGUGCAAGACAGUUUUGCAACUGGACAAAUUUGCGCCGUAUGAGGCAAGCGAGAAGGAUUUGAUUGAGCGGCGCUUUCAGGACAUCACGAACGACUAUGACAAGUCGCCGCCGCCCACAGCAUCAACGACGCCCACGCACUAUCCCACGCUGAACAGCAUCAUCUUCGAGAACGGCAACAGCGGCCUGGGCGAUCUCAAUGGCAACACCAAGACGGAUGGGCUCUGUGGCGGCCUGCAGCGCGGUCCCACAGCCCUGGGAGGCGGCGGCGUUGGCUCCUCGAGCGGCGGCCAUCUCAUAUCGAAUCUGACAGCAGCACACAACAUGUCCGCCGUCGGCAGCUUUCCCAUUGAUGCCAAAAUGCUGCAGUUCUCCACAGAUCAGAUUCAGUGCAUGUGCGAAGCACUGCAGCAGAAGGGCGACAUCGAGAAGUUGACUAACUUCCUGUGCAGCCUGCCGCCCAGCGAGUUCUUCAAGACGAACGAGAGCGUGCUGAGGGCACGCGCCAUGGUUGCCUACAAUCUGGGCCAGUUCCAUGAGCUCUAUAGUCUGCUGGAGACGCACUGUUUCUCCAUCAAGUACCACGUGGACUUGCAGAAUCUGUGGUUCAAGGCGCACUACAAGGAGGCGGAAAAGGUGCGCGGUCGCCCGCUCGGCGCCGUGGACAAAUAUCGAUUACGCAAAAAGUAUCCGCUGCCGAAGACCAUUUGGGACGGCGAGGAGACUGUCUACUGCUUCAAGGAGAAGUCGCGCAAUGCUCUAAAGGAUUGCUACCUAACGAAUCGCUAUCCCACGCCCGAUGAAAAGAAGACGCUCGCCAAGAAAACGGGCCUCACGCUCACCCAAGUCUCCAACUGGUUCAAGAAUCGCCGGCAAAGGGAUCGCACACCACAGCAAAGAUCUGAUAUAAUGCUGCCUGUGGGUCAAUUGGAUGCAAAUGGUUUCCCGCGCAUGUUCAACGCCCCCAGCUAUUAUCCCGAAUCCAUUUUCAAUGGACAGUAGAGUGAAAAAUGUGGAAAAUGCGCAGGCGCUGCUUUGUAAAUACAUCAUUUUUAAUGUUACACGU